AUGGACGGUCUUCAAGGAGGAGGAAGAGGCUGCAACAACUCCUCAUCAGCCUCGGCCACCAUUGAAAAUGAAAUUCAUAAGGAAGCUGAGGACCAGAUGGACCUGAGAAGAGGGCCUUGGACUGUUGAAGAAGACCUUGCUCUCAUGAAUUACAUUGCUAACCACGGCGAAGGUCGCUGGAAUUCCCUCGCUCGCUGUGCAGGUCUGAAAAGAACUGGAAAGAGCUGCAGAUUACGGUGGCUCAACUAUCUCCGGCCCGACGUCCGACGGGGCGACAUCACCCUUGAAGAGCAGCUUCUGAUUCUUGAGCUUCACUCUCGCUGGGGUAAUAGAUGGUCAAAAAUUGCACAACACUUGCCAGGAAGGACUGACAAUGAGAUCAAAAACUAUUGGAGGACUCGUGUCCAAAAGCACGCCAAGCAACUCAAAUGUGACGUCAACAGCAAGCAGUUCAAGGACACCAUGAGGUACCUCUGGAUGCCAAGGCUGGUCGAAAGAAUUCAAGCUGCCGCAGCUGCCUCCACCGCGGCCACCAAUUCCUCCAUCACCACCGCCACGGCCGCAGGGGCCACCUCUCACCACUUCAACAACAACAACAACAACACCACCUUCCAAUCUUCUUCAGGACAAAUGUUGUUACAACCAAGUCACCACUUUGGGGCAUCGUCACAUUCACAUGUCACACCAAGUUACACCCCGGACAACUCUAGCACGGCGGCCUCAUCAGACUCUUUCGGGGCUCAAGUGUCCCCGGUUUCCGACCUGACAGAUUAUUACACUCCUACUACUACUGCUACUACUACUAUCUCGGUUAACAAUAACCCUACCCCGGAUAAUUAUUUGGUCCAAGCAAAUCACCAAGUCGGUAGCUAUGACCAGUGUUUCAAUCCAGGGUUGGGAUCGGAACAUUUCCAAGGCAUGGAGCAACAAUACAAUUAUCAGUGGGGCGUGGACGUUGGGGACAUAUCGGACAAUCUGUGGAAUGUUGAAGACAUGUGGUUCUUACAAGAGCAGCUCAGCAACAUUUGA